UGCUGCUCUGACCCCCCUCCUCCUUUCAGGGUGGCGCCUGCUGGAGUCCGAUGGUUAAGACCAGGUCUGAGGAAGUAUUCCUGUCAACUCACAAUCGACACAAACACAGUGAACACAAACCUCCAACUGUCUGACAACAACAGGAAGGUGACACGUGUGGAGGAGGUUCAGUCAUAUCCUGAUCAUCCAGACAGGUUUGAUGUUUAUCCUCAGCUGCUGUGUAGAAAUGGUCUGACUGGUCGCUGUUACUGGGAGGUCGAGUGGAGAGGAAAUGUUUAUAUAUCAGUGAGUUACAGAAGAAUCAGAAGGAAAGGAGGCAGUAAUGACUGUGUGUUUGGACACAAUGAACAGUCCUGGUGUCUGUACUGCUCUGAUGGUGCUCCUCGUUAUGUCUGGCACAAUUAUAGACAAACAUUCAUCUCCACCUCUUCCUCCUCCUCCUCUGUCUCUAACAGAGUAGCAGUGUAUGUGGACUGUCCUGCUGGCACUCUGUCCUUCUACAGAGUCUCCUCUGACACUCUGAUCCACCUCCACACCUUCAACACCACAUUCACUCAAACUCUUUAUCCUGGGUUUUGGUUCAGGUUUCCUGGUGCCUCAGUGUCCCUGUGCUGAGUGGAGUGUAAAGAGUGUCUCCUGUUACAGAAACACUCUGACUGUUGAACAGAUAGUUCAGUCUGUACAUGUCUGUCUCUUUCACUCACAAACACGUUUUCAGAUUCAUGGAUUCAAUCAGUUGAUGUUUGAAACUCUUCUAAAUGAUUCCUUGUAAAUGUCUUCCUCUUCAGUCCUUUAAAGGUGGAAGCUCCCAUUAUUCCAGGAUCCACAUGUUGUUUUUCUGUCUUUUUCCACUCAAAGCUUCACAGUGAAUAUCAGUAUGUUGUGUUUCUCUGAAGCUCAGUUCACAACCAGCUCCUCUGCAUUUUCAACAAGUCUGAGCUCAUUAAAAUUAAUCCAAAUGUUUGAUUUCUCUUUCUUAAUAGGAUGUUUCCAAACUCUCCACACGCUCUUACUGUUUCACUCAUUGUUGGAAGCUCAUCAUGUGAAAAUGUUUCAGCCAUAGAAGCUGAAAAUAUUGGAUCAAUGAUUUGGAAUGCAGUUCUAAGCAGAAUCAUUUUGUAUUGUUGGAUCAUAAUGCAUGUGCCUUAU